AUGUCAACAGCGAACCACACCGUGGAGAUAGAGAGCGACGACGAGUACAAAGAGAUGGAGAAAUUCAACGCGAAGAGAUUGUCAAUUCGAAUUCCUCCUUUUUGUCCGGAAGAACCCGAGCUUUGGUUCGCGCAACUAGAGGGCCAAUUCGCCCUAUGCGAGAUCAAAGAAGACGAUGCCAAGUACGCAUACGUCAUCUCGCGGAUCCAGCCGAAACAAGCCAAGGAAAUCAAAGAUGUCAUCACACAUCCCCCGGCAGAGCAUAAAUACGAGGCAAUCAAGAAGGCGCUGAUCCAGAGGCUCACGGAUUCACAGGGGAUCAGACAGCUACUAGAGCACGAGGAGCUAGGAGACAGGAAGCCAUCGCAAUUUCUCCGGCACUUAUCGACACUAGCCGGGACCACCGUCUCGAACGAACUCUUACGAACGCUCUGGUUAGGGCGACUACCCCCACAAACACAAGCUAUCUUGGCUACACGGACGGAAGAUAGACUGGAAGAUGUAGCGGAUCAGGCUGACCGAAUACACGAGGUCAACAGCAAGGCGCUCGUCCUGGCGACAACCGCGCCAACGCCCACAAGUACAACCGCAAAUACAGACGAGGCACAAGGAAACGCGCUGAGCAAACAAAUAGCAGCACUCACUCUGCAAGUAGAGAAGAUGGUCAAAUCCAUCCAAGCACAAGGCAGAAACCGUCAGAGAAAUCGCAGCCGAAGUCGCCAACGCAGCAAGACACCCCGCCGAGACGGAGUGUGUUACUACCACCGCCGUUUCGGAGCGGAGGCACAGAAGUGUACUCAACCGUGCACAUUCAAGGCGGAAAACAAGGAGGGCAGUUAUUGA